UGGGCUUGUGCUACUUAUCGCCAAAUACUUGAGAAAAUGGCUCAAGCGAUGGCAAGUAACGAGGAUAUUUUCAUGUGUCCUAUUUGUUUGGACUUUCUGAAGGAUCCGGUGACUCUCAACUGUGGACACAAUUACUGUCGGAGUUGUAUUGAGGUCUGCUGGAAUGGGGAAGACGUGAAGGGCGUUUACAGCUGCCCCCAGUGCAGAAAGACUUUCACUCCGAGACCCGUUUUAGACAAGAAUCAUGUUUUAGCAGAGCUCGUGGAUCAAAUAAGGAAGAGUAGAAUUCAAACUGCAGCUGCUGUUGAAUGUGCUGCUGGACCUGGAGAUGUGACGUGCGACGUUUGCACCAGCAGAAAACUAAAAGCUGUCAAGUCCUGUCUGGAGUGCUUGAUGUCGUACUGUGACACUCAUUUAAAAGCUCAUAAUGAACUUAUAGGUAGAAAUCACAACAUGCUCGAUGCCACGGGCCAGCUACAAGAGAGGAUCUGUCCCCGUCAUAAGAAGCCUUUUGAAAUAUACUGUCGCACCGACCAGAGUUGCGUCUGUCUUCUGUGUAUGGUGGACGAUCACAAAGGCCACGACACGAUCACGGCUACGGCGGAAUGGAGUCAGAAGAAGGAGGGGUUGGGGCAGAGCCAGAGGAGAUGCCAGCAGAUAAUCCAGUUGAAGGAGAAGGAGCUGCAGGAGCUGAGGAAGGCUGUGGAGACUCUCAAGUCAGGUACACAGACAGCAGUGAAGGAGAGUGAGAGGAUGUUUACUGAGAUGAUCCGCUCCAUUGAGAGAAGACGCUCUGAGGUGACAGAGCUGAUCAGAGCUCAGGAGAAGGCUGAGGUGAGUCGAGCUGAAGGACUCCUGAAGCGACUGGAGCAGGAGAUUGCUGAGCUGAAGAGGACAGAUGCUGAGAUGAAGCAGCUUUCACUGACACAGGAUCCCAUCCAUUUCCUCAAGAACAUUGUGUCCAUCACUGGGAGGCCUUACAGCACAACUUCAACCAGCGUGACCUUCAGUCAAAGCUUCUCCUUGGAGCCCCUGAAGGAAUCUGUGUCUGCACUGAAGAUGCAGCUGGAGGAGAAAUUAGAUUCAGUCUUCAAGCAGGAAAUAGACAAAAUAUCUGCAGCAGUAAUGAAAAAUGUCCAGAUCAUCCAGAACAUACAGAUGUCUGAUGGCCAGGAUCUUAUUGGUGAACCAGUGACCAGAGAGGACUUCUGUCACUUCACUCUGGAUCCAAACACAGCACACAGACAACUCCAUCUGUCUGAGGGGAACAGGAGGGUGGAGAGGAGAGAUGAGGCCCAGUCAUAUCCUCGUCAUCCAGACAGAUUUGAUUAUACGCCUCAGGUGCUGUGUAGAGAGGGUGUGUCUGCACGCUGCUACUGGGAGGUUGAGAGAAGUGGGCAGGUUCUCAUAGCAGUGUCAUAUAAAAGCAUCAGCAGGAAAGGAUUAGGACUUGAGUGUUGGUUUGGAUACAGUGAUCAGUGCAUGAUGCUGCAUCUAUCAAGCUCUAGCUCCUCUUUCAAACACAAUAAUGAACAUUCUGAACUCCCUCUUGUGGCCAGCUCCAGAAUAGGAGUGUAUGUGGAUCACAGGGCAGGAACUCUGGCCUUCUACAGCAUCUCUGGAGACACAAUGACCCUCAUGCACCGAGUCCACACCACAUUCACACACACACUCUACCCUGGGUUUGCAUUUUGGGUAUAUGAUGGAUCAUCAGUGAAGCUGCUGUGA